AAAAGCCGAAACUCGCCAACUAGAUUUGGAACAUACGCUGAACGAAGUCCAACUUUCCAAGAGCGCUUGCAGGAAGCAGUUGCACAAAGCUAUGACUUUUGCCAAGGAACUGGUUGCUGAGCAAGAGACCUUGCUGGAAGCCCUCAAUAUGAGACAACAAGAGAAUAAGGCUGUAAAAAAAUUCGGCACUGACAUGGCCCAAAAAAUGGAUACCCUAAAAUCUCAGUUAAAGGAUGUUCAAAAAUCGGCAUGGCAAGAAUUUAGUACAGUGGAACAGAGGAUCCAUGAACAAGGCGAUUUGAUAGAAUCUAUGAAAGACGAACACACAAAAGAAAUUGAAAGGCUACAACAAGUUAUUAAAGAGCAAGAAGAAAAAAUAUCUAAAGAAACUAAAAAAGAAGCUAGUGUACCUGUGAGCCCAUACAAAUUGUUUAAAGAUAAGUAUUCGUAG